AUGAAGAAUUACAACAUCUUCUCCCUUUCAUUCUGGCGUAAGCCAUCGACGACUUCCUCAAAAGAUGCGACUGUCUCUGUUGCUCCCGAGAACCAGCUCCAAGCUAGCAGGGCCUGGCAAUCGCCUACAAAGGAGGACUCCAAAGAAGUGCCCUCUCUGCCCCUUCCCGGCGCAUUCCCCUCAUCACCUUCUUUAUCCCCGCGACUUGCGCCAAUCGAGCGCGUGGAGGACGAUGUACCAACACAGGAGCUCGAUCGUAUGGAGAUCGACGUUCCCUCCAUACCGGAACUGCACACCGAUCUUGGGUCUCACCUUCGCCCAGCAAGACGACCGAGAGCAUCGAUACUAGCGCCCGCCCAAGCCCCGCAUUCUCUGACCAUUAUACAACAGAGGCAAGAUGACGUACACGAGGACCUCAUGGACAUCGAGGAUCCAUGGGCGCAGCAAUCCAUGACCUACGAAAAGUUCCCUUUUGGUCGACCUGUCUCCGCUGUACAAUUGGUUCAUCCUCAAAAAAAGCCACUUCCGAUCAACCGCACAGCAUCAAUCUAUGCGUCAGAAUGGGAGAAGCGGGAGCGAAAAAGAAUCGCAGAAGAAGGCGAAGCAGGGCGCCCGGCAAGAAUCAGACCUCAGGGAGAAUGUGUGCGCCCGUUGUCGUGGGACUGGGUUGAUAGGGUUACAAGAGCCAUGAACAGUUCCGGCGCGGUGGCCCGGACUCUCUCCGGUGAUGACUUAUACCAGAGAGACAUUGCAACUUGCUAUAAACCGCUUGCCUGGCUCAACGAUGAGAUGAUUAAUUCCUACCUUUCCGUGAUAUUGCAAUAUCUGCAACAAUCGGCAGGAAACGCGGCUCCAAAUGAGCGACCUCGGUAUCAUGCUUUCAAUAGCUUCUUCUAUUCCAGCCUUCGAGAUAAGGGAUAUGACGGCGUGCGUCGAUGGGCCAAACGGGCCAAAAUUAAUGGCGAGGGGCUGUUAGAAGUUGAUACAGUCUUUAUUCCUGUCCAUGAAUCCAGUCAUUGGACUCUGCUGGUAGUUCGACCGUUGGAUCGAACAAUUGAAUACUUUGAUUCCCUGGGAGGACGUGGGGUACGCCAAAUGAAAAUGAUCAAAACUUGGCUGCAUGGAGAGCUUGGAGCGAAGUUUGUUGACUCCGAGUGGAGUUUCCUCCCUUCGGUUUCAUCUUUCCAAGAUAAUGGCAGCGAUUGCGGCGUCUUUCUUUUGACAAAUGCGAAGGCAGUUGCCUUAAAUAUCGAGCCCACGGCAUUUGGAGCUAAUGAUACUGCAUUAUUGCGAAAAAAGAUCGUGGCAGAGAUCAUGAAUGGUGGCCUUCAUGGCGAGUUCAGUCCGAUCGAUAAGACCGGAGCUGUUCGACUCUGA